AUGGUGGACUGGUCGUUAGUCGAUGCUAGCAAAUGUUUGGUUGACAUCGGUAUCAAUUUUUAUGCCGAAGCAAAGUUCGGAAAUCCCGCCAUUACGCUUGUAAAGGCAGAUAAUUGUGACUCCCUCGGCAAUCUGUUUGCUGGAUCUUCAGCUAAGACCAAGCUGAUGAACAUGACCUUGGGUACCUUUGCUGGUAUCAAAGCCGUAAAUGCCUCGCCUGCAUCCAGGUAUGCCUCCAAGGUGCUUAUAUACAAUGACAUCAAGUACCCAUUUACUUUGGGAAAUGUCGGGUACAAUGGUAGUAUCUGUGGUGAGUGGAAUGCCGAGGAAAUGCGAAAGAAAUUUCGUCAUUACACUGGGCGCCACCAACGAAACUUGAGAUGGUACAAUGACAGAAUUACUGAAAUCAAAAACAAUCAGUUUACCACCCGCCUGGAAGUUCGCGUUCCUGCUACUUUGGCAACACCUGAUUAUUAUUCCGAGCUUACAAGCAAACUGAAAUCAGCUGUUGCUGAUGAUGCAUUUAUCCAUCUGGAUUCCAGAGUUUACCUGGAGUACGUUGGACUCUAUAUGAAUGCCAUCAGUGAAUUGGCCGAACCAUGCCUUGGCAGUGUGCUCUUAGAGUCUCUUUCCGGUUUGAAUUUGGCGGCUUAUAUGCUCAACUCCCUCAUGCACCUAUUGUGUUUUAUUGAAGAUGCUUUUGUUCUCGUUGGAGAAACAAUAGUGUUUGACCAUACGUUCGACAUGGCUAGAAUGCAAAAAGUGUUUACGGAUGCCAAAAUUGUAGAUAUACCAGCCAUGGAUUAUAUUGCUGCUGAAAACGACGGUAAUGUAGCAGCUUUUUUUGGCGCUGGACAAGGUGACUCUGCUGCGAACAUCGCUUCGACAAUUGAAUGCAUGAUCAGUAAUUCGGAUCCAAAUGUUCACAAACUAGUGUCCAGAAGAUCAACUUGGUUUGAAUUUCCAGCAAUUACGUUUGGUCCUCUUCGGGUGUAUUCCGAGUAUUUCAUUGGUAGUUUGAUCCCUGUGGAAGGUGCAUUCUUCCAACGUUCUUUGUUUCUGUACGACAUAACCCGCCUCAGUCCCGUGAAGAACGGUUUUGAUGCUUGUGGUGUUGAAACGCUUGGUUUUACUGGUGAUCACACCAAACUGGUUGCAUCUGCAGUCCAUCUUUUGUCGUCGUUCGAACCGAUCACAAUUGUAGAGCGAUUGUCUUUUCUUCUUCCUCUGCCCGAGAAAGAAAAAUGUCAACCUGCCAUUGUCAGAGCCGAGUUGGGCAAAUGGAUGAAGGGGAAGGGUGUAGACCUUUAUUGGUCAAGGUUUGGAACGAGAGCGUGGUAUCUUGAGCUGUUUGGAAAUCCGUUGAUAAGUUAUGACCAUUUAGCAAAGUUCCAUUCUUUGCUAAUGGUUGGAUCUCUGUUUCUUUGCAAAUGGAUCCCGACAUCCACAAAAUCAAAGAUGUACAGAAAAGAUCGCCGUGGUCUUUGUGCUCGUAAAGCUUCCCGGUUCCAAGAACCCAUCCCGAAUGUAAACCCUUUGAUUUUUUGGAGCAUGGAAAAAGAAGCUAUAAAUGACAGGAAUGAAACAUCUUCAGAAACAAGCGUUAGUAUCAUGUAUAGAAGAAAUGCCUAA